AUGGCUUGCAUGCAGGACCGAAAACAAAAGCGGUGGCUAAGAACGGUCGAGAAUCCAGAGAGCGUCGCUUCCCACAGUUUCCGACUUGCUCUGAUAAGCCUCUUCGCGCCACACCUCAGCGGGUUCAGCACGUAUGAUCCCACCCCCUCACCUCGCGAACCCAGCCCCGUUCCCGUUUUCGACGAUCCAUGGGAAAGGCUGGAGUACGAACGGAGGCGUUUCUGCUGGAAUGAGGAAGACUAUCAAUUCGAGAGGAUAUUCCUCAAAGAGGGCCCCAUCGACCGCGUCAGGGCAAAACACGAAGACCAAGAAGGUGACAGACGACGCGAGAAAGAGCUGGAGGAAAUAGAGAAGUCGGACGAGUACGAACGUCGAGUGAGGCACUUCAAUCUUCGAGCCGAGGGUUGGACACAAGAGCAGAUCGACGCCGAGGAUCGGGCGGCAGCUGCAAAAAGGGCUGCGCGUGCGGAAAGAGAGCUGCGAGAAAUAUGCCGAGAAAACAAGCCAAUGACGGAACGCUUAGUUCAUCGCUAUGAAGCUUUACGAGUUAACAGAGAGAGACAGGCCGAGCUUGCUCAAAAGGCUGGUCGCAAGCUGGAGCUGGUGUCAGAGGCUGAGGAGAUUGAGGCUGAGGAAAGAAAAUUCAUGGAAAGCAUACGGUAUGGACGGGAAAAGGGUCUGCCGCGGACCGGAGACUUCAAUCCUUUCUAUAUAGCUUUAGGAGUCAGCAAAGAGAGACCCGUGGCGGAAGAGUCAGCAAGGACACCGUACAACUCCGAGGCGUACGAUCCCGGAUAUCAGCACCAACAUCUACGAAGGUCUCGGGAGUCGAUCCCGGGUCGGACCGGCCCAAACGAGAGCCUGAAAAGCCUGGUACCAGUAUCGCACAAGCGUAGGACGCGCCACGCAGAAGUCGGAGACUCGUAG